ACAAAAUUAUCAACAAUCUGAGCUACAUUUGUAGUGCGCAUUUCAAAUGCAUUGAAAAAGAAGUCUUAUUUUCUAGUAUAACGUAUUGAGCAUGCUAUGAGAUAUGUACAGCUAGUGAUUAAACUGCACUUAAAAUCCAGUAAAUGAGAGCCCAGGUUAAUUGAAAUUACAUGAUAUAGGAAUAGAUCUGUGUGUGUUGUGAAAGUAACCAUGGACGGUCUAGCAAUCAGCGUUAUUAAGUAGAAAACGAAUUUAUUAUAUUAUGUUCAAAAUUAUACUUAGCAUACCAGUGGCAGAAACCAUAAAAAAAAAAUCAUCCAUGACCAUGUCAAUUGUGCGUUUUUUGUUAAAUGAAUUAGUUUACUUAUUGAGUAUUUCUACAAAAAACUCCGGUAUUUUUUAUACCGGUGUAGGGGACAAGAGUGUAAUAAGAAUAAUCAAAUUGUGUUAAGCUAAGGUGGAGAAUGUAUACCAAACUAAGAUAAAGCCAGAGAUAAGGAACUGUUUAAGAUGAAUGAUGACUUAGAAAAUGAAAGAACGUUUGAUGACCAAGAAAGUAUUUCCCACCUUCUCUAUCGAAAAUGGCAAAAAGAAAGAAAGCGACUAUAGUAUUCAAAAACAUGGAUCCUCCUCUUGGUGAUCUUCUGGUUAAUAUUUCCGAUUCGAAACAAGCCAAAAACAAGAGCAAGCUUAAUGAUGUGCUUUCCUCGGGAAACAAUUUAACUUGUACUUUUCAUACAUCUGACGUUUCGAACUCCUUGGCUUCCCGAGUGCCAGAGGACACAGAUCAGGAGCACCAGCAUCACGAACAACAUAAUCAGUUUCUUAGUAUAUUAAACAAAUCAUUUUCACGCAACAAAUCGCCUGGAGCCAAAAAGUGGAAUGAAAGUGAGAACACUGGUACCGUCGAAAAACGUGUUCUAAACCAACCGACUGCUGAACCUAUUGGUGGAAAAGGGAUAACAAAAUCCUCUGUUAUAUGUCCCCAAAAGAAGAACUCAUCUCGUUCUUUUUUUCUCAAACGGCAACACUCUUUAUCUGAUGUAUGGCAAACUUCUCUAAAGUCUACUACGGCAAUGAGUCAAGCAACGGCCAAAAUGGAUGACACUGAGUUAGUUAACAGUACGAUUCGUAGCGAAGUUACUUGCCCCAAUCAUAAUAUAUCGGGAACAGCAAUUGGAACGACAAAUAUACAGAGUGGUGGGGAUGGAGUUGCGGCAGCUGCAGCAGAACCAAUAGGCGCAACAGGUGCCGGAGCAAUUAAUAUUGGUGGAACAACCAUACCAAUUGCUCCGAAAAAACCGACACGUCGUGCUGGUGUAAAACCUCAACCAGAUAGACCUAUGCGAGCCCUGUUUUGCUUAACACGGACUAACCCGUUGCGGAAAUUAUGCAUCGCAAUAGUCGAAUGGAAGCCGUUUGAGUACUUGAUACUGCUGACUAUUUUCGCCAACUGUGUUGCCUUAGCUGUGUACACUCCCUUUCCAAACAGUGAUUCUAAUAGCACAAAUGCAGCCCUAGAAAAGAUCGAGUAUAUAUUUUUAGUGAUUUUUACUGCAGAGUGUAUUAUGAAGCUGAUCGCUUACGGGUUCAUACUACAUCCGGGAUCGUACUUGCGGAAUGGAUGGAAUAUACUUGAUUUUACUAUAGUUGUUAUAGGUAUGAUAUCAACUGCACUUUCCAACCUAAUGAAGGAGGGAUUCGAUGUAAAAGCUCUUCGCGCGUUUCGUGUACUUCGACCAUUGCGCUUAGUAUCUGGAGUACCUAGUUUGCAAGUUGUUCUGAAUUCUAUCUUACGUGCCAUGGUGCCUUUGCUACACAUAGCCCUAUUGGUGUUAUUUGUGAUAAUCAUUUAUGCUAUCAUAGGAUUAGAGCUUUUCUCCGGAAAAUUACACAAAUCCUGCUUCCACAACGAGACGGGAGAGAUAAUGGAUGAUCCACAUCCAUGCGGAGAAGAUGGUUUUCAUUGUGACACCAUCUCACCGGAAAUGGUGUGCCGGUAUUACUGGGAAGGUCCCAAUUUUGGAAUCACCAACUUUGACAACUUCGGAUUGUCCAUGUUAACCGUUUUUCAGUGCGUAACACUGGAAGGUUGGACUGACAUGCUUUAUUAUAUUGAAGAUGCUAUGGGUAGCAGUUGGCAAUGGGUGUACUUCAUUUCAAUGGUUAUUCUUGGAGCAUUUUUUGUAAUGAACUUAAUUCUUGGUGUGCUGAGUGGUGAAUUUUCUAAAGAACGUACGAAGGCCAAAAAUCGUGGAGAUUUUCAGAAAUUGCGGGAAAAGCAACAGAUCGAAGAAGAUCUUAGAGGAUAUCUUGAUUGGAUUACACAAGCGGAAGACAUAGAUCCUGACAAUGAGGCCAGCGGAAUGCAAGAAGGAAAAAUGAAAAAUAUAAUCGAAUUGGACUCUUCGGACAAUGUAGGCGAAGAUGGAGAAAUUCAACAUGAAUCAUGGGUUGCCAGAAAGCGAAAAACGAUCGAUCGUAUUAACCGAAGACUACGCCGAGCCUGUCGUAAAGCUGUAAAAUCACAAGCAUUCUAUUGGCUUAUUAUCAUACUGGUAUUUUUAAAUACUGGCGUCUUAGCUACUGAACAUUAUAGACAGCCGCCUUGGUUGGAUGAUUUCCAAGAGUACACGAAUAUGUUUUUUGUAGCAUUAUUUACAAUGGAAAUGCUUCUGAAAAUGUAUAGCUUGGGCUUUCAGGGUUACUUUGUGUCUUUAUUCAAUCGCUUCGACUGUUUCGUUGUGAUUGGUAGCAUAGGCGAGAUGAUAUUAACAAGUACUCAAAUCAUGCCGCCCCUCGGGGUAUCCGUCCUACGGUGUGUCCGAUUACUGCGUGUGUUCAAAGUGACUAAGUACUGGCAAUCUCUAUCUAAUUUAGUAGCAUCCUUAUUGAAUUCUAUUCAAUCCAUCGCAUCACUUUUAUUGCUACUGUUUUUGUUUAUUGUUAUAUUUGCAUUGCUUGGCAUGCAAGUAUUUGGAGGAAAGUUUAAUUUUAACAGCUCGGUGGAUAAACCGCGAUCGAACUUUGACAGUUUUGUACAGAGUUUACUCACAGUAUUCCAGAUACUUACUGGAGAAGAUUGGAAUAUGGUUAUGUAUGAUGGAAUUCAAGCCUACGGAGGAGUGGCCUCGCUUGGAAUUAUUGCCAGCAUUUACUUUAUAAUUCUCUUCAUAUGUGGCAACUAUAUUCUGUUAAAUGUGUUCUUGGCUAUCGCUGUGGAUAACUUAGCAGAUGCUGAUUCACUAACAACAGUUGAAAAGGAAGAGGGUGAUAACCCUGAUGGCGAGGAGGAAAAAUUGUCUCAUGAACCAACACCAACAGAACAUGGAGAUGACGGGUUUAUGGAUCAUGAUAAAGACAAUCUGGACUCGGACAAUGAUCCAAUGAAUAUAUCUGAUGAUUAUGAUGGUCAAGAUUCAGAUACCAAAAUACCUGUUGCAGAAGACGAUGAAGGAUAUGAAGAGCAAGAUACUCCAGGUGAGACAUUUGAUGAACUUCCUACAGCUUCUGCGCGACCGCGUCGCUUAUCGGAAUUAAGUGUGAAGAAGUCUAAAAAGCCAAUCCCAAAAUCAAACGCACUACUUAUAUUCUCUCCUACGAACAGAUUUCGCAUAUUCUGCCACUGGCUGUGCAAUCACAGCACGUUUGGCAACAUUAUACUGGUAUGCAUCAUGUUUUCGUCAGCUAUGUUAGCAGCAGAAGAUCCUCUUAAUGCAAACAGCGAACGAAAUCAAAUUUUGAACUACUUUGACUACUUCUUUACGUCGGUGUUCACUAUCGAAUUGCUGUUAAAGCUGGUAUCAUACGGAUUUUUGUUUCACGAUGGAGCAUUUUGUCGAUCAGCAUUCAAUUUGUUGGAUCUCCUAGUCGUCUGUGUAUCAUUAAUAUCAAUGUUUUUCAGUUCUGGUGCCAUUUCUGUGAUAAAAAUACUACGUGUACUUCGUGUCCUUCGGCCAUUACGUGCAAUUAACAGAGCAAAGGGGUUGAAGCAUGUUGUGCAAUGCGUUAUAGUAGCAGUAAAGACCAUCGGCAAUAUUGUGCUGGUCACUUGUUUGCUACAAUUUAUGUUCGCUGUAAUCGGAGUACAAUUGUAUAAGUACGUAGUCAAAUGUGUGAUAGUUGCCAUAAAAACGAUCGGUAACAUUAUGCUAGUGACGUACCUCUUGCAGUUUAUGUUUGCUGUGAUUGGAGUACAAUUGUUUAAGGGCAAAUUCUUUUCAUGCUCUGAUGGUUCUAAAAUGCAGGAAUCAGAAUGCCAUGGUACUUACUUGGUAUAUGAAGAUGGCAACGUAGAUAAACCAGUUUCAAAGGAACGAUACUGGUCAAGAAACCGCUUUCAUUUUGACGACGUUUCGAAAGCUAUGUUAACUCUUUUUACUGUAUCUACUUUUGAAGGCUGGCCUGGGUUGCUUUAUGUAUCGAUUGACUCUCACGAAGAAGAUUCCGGACCAAUACACAAUUUCCGCCCAAUCGUUGCGGCGUAUUACAUCAUAUAUAUAAUCAUAAUUGCAUUUUUCAUGGUAAACAUCUUUGUCGGUUUCGUUAUCGUUACAUUCCAAAACGAAGGCGAACAGGAGUAUAAAAAUUGCGAUCUAGAUAAAAACCAGCGGAAUUGUAUAGAGUUUGCACUGAAAGCCAAACCAAUACGUCGGUACAUACCCAAGCACAGGAUACAGUACAAAGUGUGGUGGUUCGUGACAUCACAACCAUUUGAGUACAUGAUUUUUGUACUUAUCAUGAUAAACACGAUUACCCUUUCGAUGAAGUUUUACCGCCAACCAGAAAUUUAUACAGAAGUACUCGAUUUGUUGAAUCUCAUCUUUACGGCAGUGUUCGCACUGGAAUUCGUUUUCAAGUUAGCAGCAUUCAGAUUCAAAAACUAUUUUGGAGAUGCAUGGAACGUAUUCGAUUUUAUAAUUGUACUUGGAAGCUUCAUCGACAUUGUAUACUCAGAAGUUAACAUUAGCAAAGGAAUGAAGGGUGGUUCCAGCAUUAUCUCGAUCAAUUUCUUCCGACUGUUUCGAGUGAUGCGGUUAGUUAAACUUCUUGCCAGAGGCGAAGGAAUUCGUACAUUAUUGUGGACAUUUAUCAAAUCUUUUCAAGCACUGCCAUAUGUUGCAUUAUUGAUUGUAAUGUUGUUUUUUAUCUACGCUGUAAUUGGAAUGCAGGUAUUCGGCAAAAUAGCAAUGGAUGAUGAAACAUCAAUACAUCGAAACAACAACUUCCAAACCUUUCCACAAGCAGUGUUGGUUUUGUUCCGAUCAGCGACAGGAGAGGCUUGGCAGGACAUCAUGCUUGAUUGUUCAUCGCGUCCGGGAGAGGUAAACUGCGAUGCUAAGUCCGACGAUGCUGGUUCUCCAGAAGGAUGCGGCUCAAACAUAGCUUUCCCUUACUUUAUAUCCUUUUACGUACUGUGUUCAUUCCUCAUCAUAAAUUUGUUCGUGGCCGUUAUCAUGGAUAACUUUGAUUAUUUGACGCGAGACUGGUCUAUUCUUGGACCCCAUCAUCUGGAUGAGUUUGUGCGCCUGUGGAGCGAGUACGAUCCUGACGCGAAGGGUCGUAUCAAGCAUCUGGACGUAGUGACUCUGCUACGAAAAAUCUCGCCACCGCUUGGAUUUGGCAAGCUGUGUCCACACCGGGUAGCCUGUAAGCGUCUAGUCUCGAUGAACAUGCCGCUAAACAGUGACGGCACGGUGUUGUUUAAUGCGACACUGUUUGCAGUGGUGCGCACCUCACUGAAAAUCAAAACAGAGGGCAAUAUCGACGAUGCAAACGCAGAAUUGCGGAACACAAUCAAACAAAUAUGGAAACGAACUAAUCCGAAACUUUUAGACCAGGUCGUUCCUCCGCCUGGAGUAGAUGAUGAAGUUACAGUGGGCAAAUUUUACGCAACAUUUUUAAUACAAGAUUACUUUAGGCGGUUUAAGAAGCGCAAAGAAAAUGAUAGCAAACUCAACAGCGAUCAAAAUAAACGACGUACUAUGACGCUUCAGGCCGGACUGCGGACACUACACGAAGCCGGUCCGGAACUCAAGCGAGCCAUUUCAGGCAAUCUGGAAGAAAUCGGCGAUGAUAAUCCAGAGCCAUCUCAUCGGCGAAAUCACACUCUAUUUGGUAAUGUUUGGUCGUCAAUUCGACGUCCGGGUCCUUUUGGAUCAAAACAAAAGUGGAAUUCAAAUAAUAACAAAAUGUCUGCCACUUCCAUGGCCGCAUCUGCGGCAAUGCAUACGGUUUUAUCUGGCCCAAAUGACGGGUCAAGCCAAACAGAAAUGAAGCCAAAGCAAAACUGUGUUAACAGUUCUAAUACCUACAAUCAUGUAGCUGAAAGCAUUCUUCAUGCCGUGCACGACGAACCGAUAGGACGAAAUUACGGUAACGGCUUCAAUAUAGGAAAUACGGGACAUACGGGUGAAAUUCCACUUCGCCCUUUAGUUUUAGACGAUUCUUCAAUUUUAAAACGAGCGAAUGCAAACGCAAACAUCGGAUCGCACAGCAAAUUGUACUCGCAAAUAAAUGAUAAUCAAGUUGCCAAUUUUGAGGAAGAUCGUCUUAUUCACUCAACGCCAAGCAGUCCUCAGGAAACGCAUAAGCUAUCGGCAGAAGUUAUAGGAUCGGCUGAGAGUCUCGUGGGCAGAGUUCUAGCGCAACAAGGUCUGGGUAAAUAUUGUGAUCUUGAUUUAGUGCAUUGUGCUCAAAUGGAAAUGCAAGAGGCGUUAGAUAUGACACAGGAAGAAAUGGAUUUAGCGGCCCACGAGCUAAUGUUGGAGGAGCGAUUUAAGAGGAAAAAUUGCGCACCCGUAAAAGGUCAACAUAAGCGUGGAACCAAUACUAGAAAGAAUAAGAAUCAGCAACCACUCUUAUAGCACCAAACUAGUAUAUUAAAUCAUGUUGUCAUAUUAGGAAGAAAUAUUGUAAAUCAAUAUGGUAGCUCUCAUUUUGUAAUUUUACCCUUUUAAUUUAUAUGCGAAGAACAUGUCGAUCCUUUAAACAACAAUUUAAUUUGUUGAUGAAGAAAUGUAUGUUUAUUGUUGGUAACAUAGUCAACAUUUAACAAAAUGAAAGCACAAUAAUCCAAUUCUUACGAGUUUAAUUGAACCAGGUUGGAUGCAAGUUUUAAAGAUGUAUGCAAAAUGACUAAAAUUCUCGCCUCGAAUGACACCGCCAUGCAAUUGACAGCAAUUUGAGAGGGCACGCGAGGGCUCGCAUGCCAUAUAAAUUCACAGCCCGAGCGCCUUCGCAUUUGAUGGCUUGUGAACCUACGCAGGUUUUUCGCACCUAGUUUUAGCAAUUAUAAUUAUAGCCCCCGAGCAGGUAUAACAGUGCGAUUUGUAGCAAACUGAACACCUGAAGUUUGACAUAUUAUUUUGGAAAAAUCCACAAAAAUAUAUAUAGUGACCUUUUCCACGAAUAACUCCGGAAAAAAUUAUAAAAAAUAAAGAUUAUUCAAAAUACCAUAAGAUUUCGAGCAGAUGACUCGGAAUCCUCGCAAUGUUUAACAGGGGGCAAUAAAGUAUGACAAAAAGGAAUUAGUUUAAAAUUUAAACGAUUAAACAUUAUAUAAACCGCUUAACGUGAUCCGUAGUCCAAUCCUGGCGAGAUUUUCAGCCAUUUUGCCUGCAAGUUUGGCACUUGCGUCCAACCUGGGUUAUAAGUACUUUGGACCCUUUUUUCUGUGUCGUUUAAAACAGGAAAUAAACACGUAGCCAAUUAGAAUUCCGAUGAUGAGAAAUAAUGCAAAAAACAAGAAUCUUAUAAAUAGCAGAAGCAGAAGAAACAAAUUAUCUUCUCAAUAUAAAACAUUAAAACUGAUAUUGAAUAAUUACCAAUUUAGUUCAAUCGAUAUCGGAAAUGAGUUUUGAGAGAUAAAUAAAAAAUGUUUUGAGAAGAACAAAUUUCGAUAGAAAGCAA